GUCUCUGGCCGAGGCAGCACAGGAUUCCUUUUUAAAGCCGCCAGCGUAGACGAGUCCAAGAUGUUAGGCUCUUUGAGGGUCAAAUACAACUGUCCCUGAAGCGAGAUCACAUUCAACUUUGGGACAAGGAGUCUUGCCCCUUCAUUUUUUCAGCUUCUCUCCGUGGAACCAAAACCCUCGGGUUACAGUUUGUAUGUGAAACCACUGUUCCAAGUUCAACUUAGGAAAGACUGUUGACACACAAGUUGGAAUGGUUCCAAUAGCCUACUUUGCAAAACGCUUUGGAUUCACAGAACUUCCGUUGUAAAAGCAAUAAGAGAAUUGUGAGAGUUUUCCAUUUAGAUCAACAACUUCAAAUUCUCAGCAUGGAGAACUCAGAGAAGACAGAAGUAGUUCUUCUUGCUUGUGGGUCCUUUAAUCCUAUCACCAACAUGCACCUCCGGCUGUUUGAGCUGGCCAAGGACUACAUGCAUGGAACAGGGAAAUAUAAAGUUAUCAAAGGCAUAAUUUCUCCAGUCGGCGAUGCAUAUAAGAAGAAAGGACUCAUCUCUGCCUGUCACCGAGUUAUCAUGGCAGAACUUGCCACCAAGAACUCAGAAUGGAUAGAAGUUGAUACAUGGGAAAGUCUUCAGAAAGAGUGGACAGAGACAGCCAAGGUGCUAAGACACCAUCAAGAGAAGCUGGAGGCCAGUAUCUGUGAUCCCCAGCAGAACUCACCUGUGCUGGAAAAGCCUGGACGGAAGAGAAAGUGGGCUGAACAAAAACAAGAUUUUAGUGAAAAGAAAUCCCUAGAGCAAACAAAAACGAAAGGUGUGCCAAAGGUGAAGCUGCUGUGUGGAGCAGAUUUUUUGGAGUCAUUUGGUGUGCCCAAUCUAUGGAAGAGUGAGGAUAUCACCAAAAUCCUGGGAGACCACGGGCUCAUAUGUAUUACUCGGGCUGGGAAUGAUGCCCAGAAGUUCAUCUACGAAUCCGACGUGCUGUGGAAACACCAGAACAACAUUCACUUGGUGAACGAAUGGAUCACCAAUGACAUCUCCUCCACGAAGAUCCGGCGAGCCCUCAGGAGGGGCCAGAGCAUUCGCUACUUGGUCCCCGAUCUUGUACAAGAAUAUAUUGAAAAGCAUAAUCUGUAUAGUUCUGAGAGUGAGGAGAGGAAUGUUGGAGUGGUCCUGGCUCCUUUGCAGAGAAACACUACAGAAGUUAAGGCAUAAGAAAUUCUACAGCAUGGUAUUUUAGACUUCUUUUUUGGGAGUUUGAAACCAUGUGGGUGUUAGUAACUAGGGGAAGAAAUUGUUAUCCUCUUUAAUAAAGUUUAACAGUUUGGUAAAAUCAGCAGUAAAUUAAAGUUAGGUUUAUCUUUUUACUAGAAGUUGCUAAGAUGAAUGUUUUCAAUAUGUUGUUUUUAGUUUGGCUAUGCCAUGCCGCAUGCGGAAUCUUAGUUCCCCAAACAGGGAUCGAACCAGUGCAGUGGGAGCACAGAGUCUUAACCAGUGGACUACCAGGGAAGUCCACAAAUUCCUUUAUCUUUAAAACAAGAGAUUAGCAGGACUAAAACCAGAGGAACAUUCCAUCAAACUAAGUACAAAAACAAUUCAAAAAGAGCACCCUAACUUUACCACAUAAAGAGAAGUGAAGUGUGAAAAGUGAAGUCUAGGAAUUUCCUGGUGGUAUAGUGGUUAGGACUGCACUCUCACUGCCGAGGGCCUGGCCUUAAUCCCUGAUCAGGAACUAACAUCCCACAUGCUGUGCAGCGAAAAAAAAAAAAGAAGAAGAAGAAAAUUAAGAGUCCACUUAAGAACCUGACUUAAGUUAUGAA